UCGGAAAAAAGGAGAAUCCUUUUUGGCUUUCAAUUCCACAGCCUGCUUUGAUUCUUGCUUUCAGAUUACUAUGCAGUCGAAUCAAAACUCCAUCAGAUUCCUCGCAAAUACAUAAUCUCAUAUCCUUUUUUCUGUGCCCAUGUGAAUCUUUAAGGUAUAUACUAUUGAAAACCCAGUUGCAUAUUCAAGUCAGCUUCAAGAAUCUGAGCAGGAAGCAGCCAUGAUUGAGGAAAAUGGAACCAGGGCUCCAUUAAAGCUUGAGGGACAGUAUAAAGCUUUAGCAGUUUGUUGGUUCCUGGGGCUGGGAUCCCUUGUUGCUUGGAACAGUAUGCUCACCAUAGGUGAUUACUACUAUAACUUGUUUCCGACUUACCAUCCAUCGCGGGUUCUCACCCUUGUUUAUCAACCGUUUGCAUUUAUAACAAUGGCAACACUUGCAUACCAUGAAGCAAAGGUUGACACCAGAAAGCGGAAUUUAAUUGGAUAUGCUCUCUUCUUCCUCGCUACCUUGAUGCUUAUAAUUGUGGAUGUAGCCACAUCUGCGGGCGGAGGAGUUGGACCUUAUAUCGGUAUAUGCGCAUGUGUUGCUGCAUUUGGGGUUGCAGAUGCCCACGUUCAAGGUGGAAUGGUCGGGGACCUGUCGUUGAUGCGUCCUGAAUUCAUCCAGUCCUUCUUUGCGGGUUUGGCUGCAUCAGGCGCUCUAACCUCCGGCUUGCGGCUGAUGACAAAAGCUGCCUUUGAGAAGUCUCAUGAUGGUCUUCGCAAGGGGACGAUGUUGUUCCUGACAAUUUCCACAUUCACCGAGUUUCUCUGUAUUCUUCUAUAUGCAUUUUACUUCCCGAGAUUGCCUAUAGUGAAGUACUACCGCUCAAAGGCAGCUUCCGAAGGCUCUAAAACUGUAACCGCCGAUCUUGCUGCUGCUGGAGUCCAAACACAAGCAGACAUAGAAGUCUCAAACGAUGCCAAAGUAGUUCCAACUCGAUUGAGCACUAUGCAGAUAUUCAAGCAGAAUAUAGAUUUUUGCCUUGACUUGUUUCUGAUAUAUGUGCUGACAUUAUCAAUCUUCCCUGGUUUCAUAUACGAAAAUACCGGAAAUCACCAGUUGGGGACAUGGUAUCCCCUUGUCCUGGUUGCAAUGUACAAUGUGUUGGAUUUGAUAUCGCGAUACAUACCCCUCAUCAAAUGCCUGAAGAUCGAGUCCAGAAAGGGUCUCCUGAUUGCAAUCCUAUUGCGUUUCCUCUUCGUUCCAGCGUACUACUUCACAGGAAAGUACGCUGACCAAGGGUGGAUGAUCUUGCUGACAUCAAUCUUAGGAUUAACAAAUGGUUAUCUCACUGUCUGUGUCAUGACAGUGGCACCGAAAGGCUACAACGGACCUGAGCAAAAUGCCUUGGGAAAUAUACUUGUUCUGUUUCUUUUGGGAGGCAUAUUUGCAGGGGUUUGCCUUGACUGGUUGUGGCUCAUUGGUAAGGAAAAAUUCUAAGGAGCAAAAGUGUGGGAUUGAAGAAAUAAAGUUGCUCGUUUGAAUACUAAUUUCGUCCUUCCGAUGAAUUGAAAAACGAUUAGGAACUGCGAAUUGCAACCGUGUAAAUGAUUUGUUUUGGGUGUGUAGUUUGAUAUGCCUUGUUUAAAAAGCCAGAACUUUUCAUGUCAUUGAUUUGUAGAACUUUUAUUCUUACUUGAAUGAGAGAUAGAUAUGUAGUGUGACAUGAAGAUAUAUUGCGGCCAAA